AUGAAAUUGGACCAGAAGGGCAAGGUUCUGGCCGAAUACAUCUGGAUUGACGGCAGCAACGGCUUGCGCAACAAGACCAAGACCCUUGACAAGGCUCCUAAGACCGUUGACGAUCUCCCAGAAUGGAACUUCGACGGCUCAUCCACUGCUCAAGCGCCGGGCGACAACUCUGAUGUCUACAUCCGACCCGUUGCGAUGUACCCAGAUCCGAUUAGACUGGGCGAGAACGUCCUCGUCAUGUGCGAGACCUGGGACCCUGAUGGCACACCAAACAAGUACAACUACCGACAUGAAGCCCUCAGACUGAUGGAGGCCAAUGCGAAGCAUGAAGUCUGGUUUGGUUUGGAGCAGGAGUACACGCUUCUCGGUCCUGAUGGCUGGCCGUACGGAUGGCCAAAGGGCGGUUUUCCAGGUCCUCAAGGCCCCUACUACUGCGGUGUCGGCACAGGCCGAGUUUUCUGCCGUGACAUCGUCGAAGCCCACCACAAGGCUUGCAUGUACGCAGGCAUCGAGAUCUCUGGCACGAACGCCGAAGUCAUGCCUGCUCAGUGGGAAUACCAAGUUGGCCCUUGCGAGGGUAUCAGCUUGGGCGAUCAACUCUGGAUGUCCCGCUGGCUCCUUCACCGUGUCGCCGAGGAGUUCGGUGCCGUCGUGUCCUUCAACCCCAAGCCCAUUCCAGGUGACUGGAACGGUGCCGGUCUCCACACCAACGUCUCAACGAAGGAGAUGCGUUUGGAUGGUGGCAUUAAGCACAUUGAGGAGGCAAUGAAGAAGCUCGAGAAGCGCCAUCUCGAGCACAUCAAGGUCUACGGUGAAGGCAACGAGCUCCGCAUGACUGGUGCACACGAGACAUCAAGCAUCGACAAAUUCACCUGGGGUGUUGCAAACCGUGGCUCAUCCGUCAGAAUUCCCCGAGCCUGCGCAAAGGAAGGAAAGGGAUACUUCGAAGACCGCCGACCUGCUUCCAACGCCGACCCUUACCGUAUUACCGGCAUUAUUGUCGAGACCAUGUACGGCUCGUUGCCCGAGGAAAAGUGA